UCGUACGAUACGGUUGUAUACAAUUGUAUAGUGAGCGAGUGUAAUCUUCAAAGUGAGAGUGAGAGGGAGAGAAAAAGGUAGAGGGGAAGUUCGACGGAAGGGUGACGCGAGGCUGAGGUGGUUGCGUCUCAUUGUGUUCAGUUCCGUUGCUCUCGCGGUAGCAGAGAUACGUGACGUUAGGUGAUCGACUCUCGAGACACUCACGAUUGAUCUCGCGUACAGAAAAAGCGCGAAGGAUAGACACUCUACAAUGUUGGAAUGAACAGAAUCUUUUUUUUUGCGCACGCGACAUUCGCGAAAGUUUCAAAGUGAUGAUUAUCGAGUUUUGGGAUAUCAGUUCUGAAAAAUUCUGAUGUGUCGGUCAGCCAGAGAGAGGCUUCGCUAGAGAGACGGUAAUCGCCAACAUUAUCGGGCGCCGACCACAUGUGAAUCAUGCGCGAUACGCGCAUCUGUUUUUGUUUCGUUUUGUUAACCCCUUAAUCGGUAUCGUCCGACGUUCAUUAUCGCGAAUCGUAUCCUCAGUUUUCAUCGAGGAGCCGGCAAGUGAUUGUAUUGUUCCGCUGUCGUCGUUGUCGACACGGCGUCGAACCGAGACCGACAAUGCUGCAUGCGGUGACUGUGAUUUAUCGGGCGACAUUGAACUGGAAAUUCACGUACGGAAUCGGCGCGAUCAUAUGAUAAAUGUAGAACACGUUGUAACCCCGAUUUCUUUUUAUUUUCUCCUGUUUUCUCUCUCUUUUUAAUUUCGAACCUCUCUCUCUCUUCCUUCCCUUCUAUCGAUACGAUUAGAUUACAUUGUUCCUCCCACCGAACUAGUGUAUCUUCGCACAAGCUUCGUUGCGAUGUCCAACCGACAGUUUUGCGCUUGUUCCACGUACGAUCGCGUCCGAUCGCGUUCCUGUGUUAUUUCGCGUGCUACGUCAUAUGAGGUUCUGCUGCGUCGCAGGAUACUAUCACAAAAGGCGACUUAGUGAAACAACAGACUAGAAAGAAAGGGAGAAGGAUCGCCUCGUUAUAGUUGCGCGCGCGCUCAGGCGCGUGUAAUAGGCGCUCAUGUGUGUGUGCCGGCUAGAUUUAUUCUGUUCGUGUUGUGUACAAAUUACUGUUCGAUAACGUACGUCGCGCGGGCGCGUGUAGACGACGACUGAAACGCGUGACGGCUGAGAAGAAAGAGGACAAUAUGAGUGAAAUGACGAGUGUUGUCGAGACGCAGCAACAACAUCAACAAUACGUAGGUGACAAUUCGAAUGCGAGGCAUCACUGCAAGGAGUGUAAUGUCAACUUUGAUAGCGAGGCGAGUCUGAAGGUGCACCUGCAAUAUCAUGAUAAGAAUAACUUGUUAAAUCAGUGGGCUAAUAAGGCGCAACAGGAAGAGAGCAAUAAUAAUCAUAGCAAGACUGGCAAUCAUAAUAGUCACGUUAAUGUAAAUCGAGAUAGUGUAACUAUAUUGGCAGAUUCGAGUGAACCGUCAACAAUGUCACCUUCUCAAGAUUCAAUAUCUUUGCAGCAGCAGCAACCACAGCAGCAGCAGCAGCAGCAGCAACAACCUCAGCAGCAGCAGUCUGCUAUACAGCUUAUACCGCCAUACGAUCAUUUUCCACCAAUGUUUAACGAAAGCAGCUAUUAUAUAAACGAGCAGUCUUAUAUGAUACCUCAUCACUUUUCGCCGUCACAGGAAGAUGCUCAGAACAAUCGCGACAGUAACGACACUUACCCGCGUUAUCAUUUAUAUCAGCAUCCGCAGAUUUACUCUGCAGAUCGCACGACGUCCAAUUCUACUAGCCCGCAUAGUCCGCCGCUUCAAUGCGACAAAUGCGGCGCCGUUUUUGAGGACACGAAUCAAUUAGGUGAGCACAUGAGAACGAAUCAUUUAGAAUCACCUUCUGCCUAUCCACCUGCGCCACAGUAUGGGUCACACCUGGGCCACAGUCCUCAGCAAUUGCAUCCAUCGCCACCUCUUCCCAAUCAACCGCAACAACAACCUGGUUACGAUUACAAUGGUGGACAAACAAACAAAAUGGACAUGAAACAGGAGCCUGAAGAGCAGGCUGAGAUCCUCGACUUGGAUUCUCAUAAAGUGCAAACGCAUCGAUUCGAGGAAGAGUACCUAAGGAUGCAGCAGCAGCAGCAGCAGCAGCAACAACAUCAGCAGCAGGGACUUCAGAUGCAGAUUCAACAGCGAUUGAUACCGCAUCAACAGCAUCAGCAGCAUAGAAUAGGAUCGCAUUCGGUGAGUUCUAUGCUGGGCAACCAUUGGCUGCCCACCCAAUCCCAUGAUUAUCACCCCGGGCUUGGGUCUAUGGGUCCCGUAGACAAUGUUCCUCCAUCGAUACCUGAUCAGGGUCAGUUCAUGCGCAGUCAACAUAUGCCCGUGGAACACGGACAUCAAAAUUCACCGAUAAUAACGAGCACGCAACCAAUGACAGGUCAUCAGAUGCGAGCUGGCUUAGCUCAACAAUCGUCGCAAGCGCCACCGUUGGCGAACCAAUCCUGGAAAAGCAACGAGGCGCGCCGACCAAAGACCUACAACUGCACCGCAUGCAACAAGUGGUUUACAAGCUCGGGCCAUCUCAAGAGACACUAUAACACAACGCUGCAUAAAAACGCUGUUAAAAAUGGCAAGGAGCCUGAUCCAGCGACUUUACCGAUUAGCAAUCAUCAUCAUCCCACUAGAGAGAAUAGUAAUAAUUCGAGCAGGGGCGGCGGCGCGCCCGCACGAUCUACGCCGGACUUACCAUCUUCCAGGAGUCCCCCAAACUUGAUGGCAGGUCCCUCGGCCGAGGCGACGAGGGGCCUGCUUCACACGCCCACCACGCACUGCAGCAGCAACAACUCUUCGGCACCGGUUCUAGUGCAACAACCGGUGGUCCAUCUGAUGCACCCGGGAGUAAUGCCAGUCACUUCUCCGGUUCCAUCAUCGCUGGCGGGACAUCAUCAGCAACCAAUGGGUUCUGCGCCUCACCAACUGGGCCUCCAGCAACAGCGGCAACUUCACCUGCGAACGGAUUCGCCGGGCCAGUCGGUGCAUCAUACCACGAGUUCACCCAUACCUCCACAGGCGGCAUUGCACAUGAAUUGUCCUUCGCCAAUGGAUUCAUCCCACCAGCAUCACAUGAACUCGCUGCAAGGCUCGGUCCAUCCGGCAAUGACUUCACCCACGGCGAUGAGGGAUACUACGAUGCCGCAUCAGCCGUACCCAAACGCUUUGCCCCCCCACGUUACAAUUAUUACCCACCCGGUUCUACUGGAGCCUACCCAACGCCCUACUCUGCAACUACCAACUUCUAUGGUUGGUAACGCGCAAAACGAGCAACAACAGUUGAAUGUGUUGCCCAGUUUUACUAUCUUCGAUCACAAGACAAAUUACACUCCAGUGGUAGGGUUAAUAAACGAUAAUUUACAAGUCAUUACCAACGUGGGGGGGCUAGCCUUGGAGGCCUUUACUCCUCAAGAAUCUAUUGAAUCUUCUUCAACUAUUAGCUAUGAUACAUCAACUAUUAGCUAUGAUUCAUCGAACAAGUUGCAUUUAUCGCCCAAUGUGGUGACAAACAUCGAACAAUCUGCGUUCUCCUAUCCAUUUGAGCACCCUUUCGAACAAAAUAAUAAUCACUUAUUACAGCUGGAGCAGAAAGAGAAUAUAGACCCGAAUAUUAACGUGCAACCUAAAAGAGGACGCAAGAGGAAGCUUCCGAGCAAGGAAGUUACCACACCUGAAGCAAAAUAUAUUUCGCUGGACGGCGUCCACAAGUGCGUUCACUGCGACAAGUAUUUCGGGAAAAGUUGCUAUCUCACGCAGCAUAACAAGAGCUCCCACUCAGGCGAGAAGCCGUUCAAAUGCGCCAAAUGCGGCAAGAGGUAUGCAGAUAAGGAAUCACACGAUAAACACGUGGGGGUACACGAAAAAGAGAAGAAAUAUGGUUGCGAUAUAUGCCCUAAAAGAUUCGCCCAUAAAACCGAUCUCAAGCGACAUGUGUACACUCACAAAACUGAAAGGCCAUUCAAAUGCAGUACGUGCAGUAAGGGAUUUAUUCGUAACGAUCAUAUGAAGAAGCAUGCGCUAACGCACAAUAAGGUCAAAACGCCGCGGAUUACCAAAAAGCGGAAGACCACCACCACUUCGCCCUUUGACUCUCAACAGGCUGGAGAGUUCAAAGACUUCCCCACUAAAUACUAGACAAAGUUGUAAAAACAUGUGUCAAGCUCGACUCGGACUUCCCGAUCGCUACGCGUUCUCGAGAUCGUCCUGAUGACAGAACAAAAGGUAAUGUUUUUUGCCGAUCGAUGAGUACCGUUUGUAUUUUAUUUCCUGUUCGUUUAAUUUUAUACACACAGAUUUUGACAUGCAAUUGUUUGCCAAUGAUUCCGAUAUUUUUUUUAUAAUUCUCAAAAAUAGUACAAUAUUUUCAAUAAAAAAAUGAUGUGAAUAACAGAAUUUUUUCUCAAACUUUGUUCUCCAUCGAGAAAGCAAAUACUUUUCUUUUUUAAAACAAAUUCGAUAUAUUCGUGGGUACCGUAUAUACGUACGACAGCAUUGACAUUUUUUCAAUUUUUUCUAUUAACUUAUAUAAUAUUUAUUCGACUCUCAAAUCAGUUUUUUUAUCUAAAAGUAAUUUGAUGGAAAGUAAUCGAGACAAAACGGGUCUUACGAUGUAUCGAAAUUAUUGUGCUUCUUUUUUUCAAUACGUGAUACAAAAAACGAAUCGAUAUAUCUGCGGAACUUUCACGACGGUAUCUUGAUCGGAGUCGUUGCGAUAUUCGUACCGAAAAGAAAUGAUGCAAGGAUCUUUCUCUUUUCCUUCUUAUUACUUUCAUCGCGUCGGUUCUCAACAGAUCGCAACUUUAAAUUCCGUUACCGUUUCUGACGAUGAUCUCGAGAAAGUUGUAAGCGUCGCAUUUUCAAAUUGGCAAUAAGUGAUCGGAAAUUAAGAUCAUGACGUUAUAUCAAGUUCUCAAAGCUUAAAAUAUUGUACAAAGUAUUAAAUAUAUAUAAAAAGUGUGUAUUAUAAUUAUUACAAUUAUAUAAUAACAUAAAUAAUAGUUCUUAAAGAUAUAAACUUUACAAUCAUAGGACAAAGGCCAUUUAGCGUUAAAGCGCAAAGUUGUUCGACUUUUUUUAUACUUUUUAUAUAUUUUUAGUAUCAUAAAUAUAU